GUACGGGUUUUCUUUCAAAAUCAAUUCGAAAAUGUCGCGGUUUUUAAGGAAAGUUAUAUAUUAUUGAAAAUAAUUUUAUGAUACCAAUUUAUAAUGAGUCGAAGAGUCCCUCCUGGAAGACCAGUAGGUACUUCCCAAUCACGAUCAAGUGUUGGCGGUUGUGGACCAUCAUGUCCAGCAGUUUCCUCAUCUGCAAGACUUUCGCGAAUUCAACCACCUAGAGUUAGCUCUCAACCACCAAGACCAUCCGGAACAAUUCCAAGAAUGACAGCUCCUCGAUCAACAGCUAGAGUUCCAUCGGCAGCUCCUCCACAACCAGUUUAUCAAAAACGAAAUUUAACAACUUCUUCAGGUUAUGGACUUAAACCGACAUCAACCUCCAAAAUAACGAAAACAACAACUAAAUCCGUGGAGGUUAAGAACACCUUAAAGGGGCCACAAAAGGUGAUUAAAGAAGUAACUAAAGCACAUCAGGCGUCUUCAGGAGCCAAUGUAGGGACUGCUCCACUUCCAAGUACAUCGCGAACGCAAACAUCUUUUAUGCAAACUCGACCUGUCUUAGAACGAAAAUCGAGUGCCAAACGGCCACCUCAAAUUGUCCCAAAAAGUAUGUUGGGAAAUGUUACACAAAAAAGUCGACUAUCUCAACAAGUCGAUCAAUCGUUGAAUCAAGUGGCUAAAUCGAACCCGAGAAGAAUAGUGACAGCAACCGGUGCUAAAAGAUCAAUCGUUCGAGCACCCACAGUUAUGAUUAACGACGUCCCUGUUAAUCCAAAGCGGCAAGUUAUUACCGAAAAUAUCGUCGAAUCAUCUCCUGGUAUUGAAAAAAUUUCACGAUCUUUAAUCGGGAUUGAAAAACUGUCACCUUGUACCGCUCGAAAAACGGAACUGCAAUUACAACAACUUCAACAUUCACCUGGGCCACAUCCGCCAUCUCCAUCGAAAGACACCAUUUCGGUUAGAAAUGUAAUAAGCGUAACAGAUAAUGGUACAACAGACACCGCAAAAAUAGUUACUUACGAAAAAACGGAGCCAAGUCAACAAUUCGGGUUAUCCCCCGCUGAAGUAAGUAGAAUGAUCCGGGAAGAAAAUCAAGAUAUAAGUAACAGCCGUAAUUGGAAACCAAUUGAAGUUGUUUCAUCCGUCCAAACUACUCUCCCAAUUAAAAAACAAGAACACGAAUACAUGUUGGAUCCAUUAACACAUAAAGCCCUUCAUGAUUCAGUUGUAAUACCAGAACAAGCUCCGGACGAGGCCCCCCUAGAUGAAAUUUCCCCAGAACUUUUAGCGGCAAUGAUUCACACGGAAGAACAAGGAAUGGAUAUGGUUUCAGAACCCACUCAUAUCUACACUUUACUAUUUCCGGAUGAUAACGAAUUAGGUCCCGAUGUUAUGGAAGUAAAUUCAGCGGCUCCGGCUCCUUUAGACGAUGUUGCUGUACCUUCACACACGCUUCCAGAAGCCUUUUACAAUAAUAGUGUUAAUCCGGAGCUUGAAAGAGCUAUUUUGGAAACUGAGGGGCAAGGAAAAAGACCUAGCGCGGCUGGGUUUAGUGAAUAUCAAGAGAAAAAGCAACCUGGAUGCGAUCAAUCAGAAGUUUUAAUCGAAAGAAUAAAAACUAAACACGUUAAAAAGCGUGAGCCACAAAUAGAAGCUGUUAAACCCCUGGAAGAAGAAGAACCUCCUUGGGGCGACGAUCCAGUUGAGAAUGAAGCAAGGAUGCAAGAACAAAGAGAACGGGAAAUGCAAUUACAACAAGAACAACUAAUACAAAUAGAAAAAAAUUUAGCUGCUGUUGUUGGAGCACCUAAAGCUCCUCCACCAACGGUUUGUAAUCCAGCAGAUAGUUUUAUGGUUGGAUUAUCAAAUGAAAAUGCAAUUGAUUAUAUCUUACACGUUGAACCUCCAACAUAUCUUUCAAAAGCUCAAUUACGAGGAUCAUCUGUACCACCUUGGUUCCCAGGUUAUUACGUCGCCUUUCCUGAGAUACCCGAGUUAAUAACCACCGUAAAAUAUCCGACUAUUGCGUUAACCUCCGCGUGGAGACACGUCCAACCCAAUAUCUUUCCAGAAGAUAGCUUUUUGGUGCUCUAAAAAUGCUCUUACAAUUUUUUUUUUCAGUUUUUGUUAAUAAUGAUAAAACCAAUAUAAUUUAUUAAUAAAUUGUUUCAAAUAUUA